AUGGAUUACGUCAAGAAGGCCAUUUGGGGCCCAGACCCUAAAGAUCAAAUGAGAAAAAUCAACCUGUUACUCCGUAAGAACAAAAGAGAACUUGAUCGUUCACUCAACCAGCUUCAGCCGCUCAAAAAGAAGACUGAGGGACUUAUUAAGAAGGCUGCCAAAGAAGGUGACUACAAAAACGCCAAGUUGUAUGCUCGCGAGCUCAUACAUAUCAAUAAUCAGUAUAAGAAAUUACACACUUCGAAAACCAGACUAGAAUCCAUUAACAUGUCGGUGAAUGAACAGUGGCAGAUGCGGAAGUUGACACAGUCUCUCCAGGUGUCCACUGGUGUCAUGAAGGAGGUCAACCAAUUGACCAAUUUGGGGGUAAUGACUGCCACGUUUCAGGAAUUGUCGAAGGAAUUGAUGAAGGCAGGAAUCAUCAACGAGAUGAUGGACGACAUGGUUGAUUUGGAAUUUGACGAGGAGUUGGAGGACGAGUCGCAAGAGGAAGUGAACAAGAUCAUCCAGGGUCUCACCGAAGAUAAGUUUGCCAAAAUUGACCAUGAGGUGCCAACUACGGAGAUGCCUGAGGAGGAAAUCGCUGCUCCACUUGAAGAGGAAGACCAUGAGAUGUUGGAUGAGAUGAGACAGCGGCUAAAGGCGCUCCAGGAGUAG